AUGAAAAAUUGUUUAGAUCCUUCAGUGCUGAGGUGCCAGCAAAGAAAACUCUCAACUCCAGCGUCAACCGUGCAGCGAAUAAACCGAUCUUGGACACCGAACCCUCAACUUAACAACCAGAAGAAUUCACUCAGAAACUAUGAAUUGCAAUCGAGACGUAGCAAAAGUGUUGGACGUUAUGUAGAAAGUCAAAGUGGAAUGGAACAACCAUAUCAGCGGUCUUCAGAAAAUCUCAAUCGUGAGCUUGAAGAGUGGAAACCUGGAUGGCGUCAUGAGUUAGGUGCUGCAUCGUGUUGUCCAUCAUCACAUCGGCCUUACCUCACUAACUGCUUUGCUCAACAACGCUCUAAAACUCAGCAUUUCCACCUACCACCGUAUCGAUUUCAGCAGAACUGUAAGCAAGGAGCAUCGAAAUGCUUAUGCUGUCAUUUUUCUUGUCAUAAUUUAUCAUGGAGUGAGAUUGAAUAUCUCUGCAAAACACUGGAUAAAAAAGAAAUUCAUAUGGAAUCAUUUAUGGAGCAACUGAAUAAACUUGUCAAAUCAACAGCAAUCGGAGGUCGUCUAGAUCAGUCCGUUAUGUAUUUACAAAUUUUAGUUGACUGCUUGGAAGCUUGUGGAACUAAUAGUAACAACAUCAAGAGAAGCAGAAGUCACAGCAUAUCACCAACAUCAUUUUCUACUUCUAACUGUUAUUGUAUUCCUAAAUAUCUCACCAAUUUAACAACUCCUUGUUCGUUUUGCUCAUCUUAUAUCAACUCAGAUAGGUCAGAAGUGAACGGCCAGUCAACUGGUGAUGUAGCCAAGAUAAAAAAACUUGCGAAAUAUGAAGUUCUUCUCCGGCAAAAAGUUGAAAAGCUUUCCGAAGAAUUGCAACAGCAGCAGAGUCGACGGCAUGGAUAUGUACCUUCUGCUUCUCCGGCCCUUCAGAAAAAUUUCGAUCGCUUUAGUGGACUGAUCAACGAAUUUGGACGUCCAGAACGUGCUGCCACCCCUCAAACGAUGUCAAAAACUGAAAUUACGACUUGCACUGCACUUCACUCUUUCAGAGCUGUCAGCCCUAAAGAAUUAUCGUUUAAUCGCGGUGAUGUGAUACGGGUCUAUCGCAUAAUCGAUAUCAAUUGGAUGGAGGGCGAACUUAAUGGUCAAAGUGGCAUUUUCCCUUCUUCCUAUGUACAAAUUGACAGCAAUGAGGAAAGCGAACAGAUCAGACUGGUCGUUUUGUAUCCAUUUUCUGCCAGAAAUAAGAAUGAGUUAUCGCUGAAAAAGGGUGAAAUGCUGCGUCAUUUGCGAAAUAUUGAUGCUAAUUGGAUCGAGGGUAAGAAUAUUCACGGACAAAGCGGCAUUUUUCCCAAGUCAUACGUUCGUAAAGCACGUGAGAUCAGUUUAUGUGACAGCAGUGAAAUAUCAAUACCGGAUAGACCUAAAACACCACAUACCAAUGCUACUCCAUUCAGGUUUAUCGCCUUUUUGUCUUCAAUUUUUCAGAAACUUUUUUUGAGUUGA